AUGUCGCACAAAGCACAAAAUUACAAGGAUGAAGUUGCUAUGCAAGUAAGUGAAUUCCGUUAAUGUUUUAUUCUGUUUUUAGGACGAUAGAGAUGAACUUCAAGAAGUUUCACGCCAGAAGACGAUUGCUGAUAGACAGAGUGAUUACCACAGUAGGGCGAGGAAAAGGCCCAUAUCUCCAGAGAGAGUAGACAUGUUUUUAGUUGAACAGACACCUGAUGGCAGAGACUACGCCAAGAUUAUGCAGGAAAGAGCAUAUGAAGCUGAGAACCAAGAAGUUGAACGAGAACUUAUGAAUAGGUAUAAAGCUGGGGAACUAAAAGUGGUAGAUGAACCGAUGGAAAAGAAGAGUAAGGUCGAAGAAUCUACACCGCUGCAGGGGCCGAGGAAACGACUCAAUUUGUCACAACCGUUAUCUGCUACAGCUGUGGUAAGUUUUAAAUGAAAUUUUUUGUUUUGAACAAUGUAAAGUUUAGUUUUAAAAGAAAUUAGUUAAAUAAUACUGAAAUUCUGGGCUUCAAAAUAGUAAAAUUCUUUUAUAGGAACAAACUCCUAUGGUAAACCAAUGGGAUGAAACUCCGGUCAGAAUUGGAAAUGGAGAUGCUACACCUGCUGCUGGUCAAAACUGGGGAACUACACCAUCUCAAAGCGUCAGACGAAACAGAUUCGACGAAACCCCAAAAGUGGACGGUGGCCUGACUCCAGGUUGGGGAGCUGAAACCCCAUACGAAUCAAAGAUUGAUACUAUUGAGAACCGGGUUGAUGCUACUCCAGGCUCUAAACGUCGCUCUAGAUGGGACUUGACACCUGGACAAACUCCGUCGAUGGAGACACCGUCGAUGAAUGGAAACGAUGUUGAUGCGACUCCUCGAGUAAGUCAAACUCCAUUGUUGACUCCUGGUGGUUCUACUCCAGUUGGAGCUAACGCUAUGAACAUGAAAACUCCUGCUCAACCCAUGAUUCCAAUGACUCCAGAACAAAUCGCUAUCUACAAACACGAAGCCGAAUUGGAAAGCAGGAAUCAACACAUUACAGACGAAGAAUUGAAUGCUUUGUUUCCUCCAGGCUACAGAAUCCUGGCCCCUCCACCUGGCUACAACCCAAUUAGAACACCAGCUCGUAAACUUCUGGCUACACCUACUCCAAUGGGAGGUGCAGCUAUGGGUGGAUUUAGUAUUCCUGAGACACCAGAACGAGGUGGAGCAGGGGAAAAGGUUGGGGCUGGAGGAAUAUUGGAUACACAACCGAAGGACAAAGACCUUCCAGCUUUGAAGCCAGAGGACAUUCAGUAUUUUGAAAAAUUGUUGGAAGAUGUGGACGAAAGCACGUUGACGAAGGCAGAGAAGAACGAACGUGAAAUUAUGGGAUACCUAUUAAGAAUUAAGAACGGCACGCCCCCACAAAGGAAGACAGGGUUGAGGAAAAUUACCGAAAAUGCGAGGAAACUGGGAGCUGGACCGUUGUUCAAUCAGAUCUUGCCAUUGUUGAUGUCACCAACGUUGGAGGACCAAGAACGGCAUCUGAUGGUGAAGGUUAUUGACCGUAUCUUGUACAAGUUGGACGACCUUGUUAGACCUUACGUUCACAAGAUUCUGGUUGUUAUUGAGCCUUUGUUGAUAGAUGAAGAUUACUAUGCUCGAGUGGAAGGACGAGAGAUCAUUUCGAACUUGGCUAAGGCUGCUGGACUGGCCACAAUGAUAUCUACGAUGAGACCUGACAUUGAUAACGUUGACGAAUAUGUUAGAAACACAACAGCUAGAGCUUUUGCGGUGGUCGCUUCAGCUUUGGGCAUUCCAGCUUUGUUACCUUUCUUGAAGGCUGUUUGCAAGAGUAAAAAGAGUUGGCAAGCUCGACAUACAGGUAGGUGUCGUUUAUUAUAUUUUAGGUAAUACUUUAAACAUUUAGUUUGUAUCUUUGCUACCUAAACUUAAAAAAUUUAUAUUAUUUUUACAAUUUUAGGUAUUAAAAUUGUUCAACAAAUCGCUAUCUUGAUGGGAUGUGCAGUUCUUCCACAUCUGAAGGCUUUGGUGGAAACUGUUGAAAACGGUCUUGUAGACGACCAACAGAAGGUUCGUACCAUCACAGCGUUGUGUUUGUCAGCUUUGGCAGAAGCUGCUGCUCCUUAUGGAAUUGAAGCAUUUGACUCUGUUCUGAAGCCAUUGUGGAAAGGUAUCAGAACUCACAGAGGAAAAGGAUUGGCAGCUUUCCUGAAGGCCAUUGGAUUUUUGAUUCCAUUGAUGGAUGCUGAGUAUGCUUCAUAUUACACAACGGAAGUGAUGAUCAUUUUGAUCAGGGAGUUCAAUUCGCCGGAUGAGGAGAUGAAGAAGAUUGUCUUGAAAGUGAGUACCCUUUUUUAUUUUUUCAAUAGCCAUGUGUAUUCUUUCUAUAUCUUCAUAUUUUUUUUUCAAAAAUGUAAUGUUAUCAUACUUUUAGGUAGUAAAACAAUGUUGCUCUACUGAUGGUGUGGAAGCUAAGUACAUUAGAGACGAAAUCCUUCCACCGUUCUUCAGAGCGUUCUGGAACCGACGAAUGGCGUUGGACAGAAGGAACUACAAACAAUUGGUCGAUACCACGGUGGAAAUUGCUCAAAAGGUAAGUGUAAUACUAAUGUACAACUGUUGAUUUAGGUGGGAUCAGUGGAAAUCAUCAACAGAAUCGUGGAUGAUCUUAAGGACGAGACUGAACAAUAUCGUAAAAUGGUGAUGGAGACCAUCGAGAACAUUAUCAGUUUGAUGGGCGCUGCAGAAGUUGACCCGAGGUUAGAAGAACAACUUAUUGAUGGUAUUCUCUACGCUUUCCAAGAACAAACUCAAGAGGUAAUAAUGUUUUUUGUUUACAUGAUUAUAAAGAGGUAGAACGAAUCCUUUAAGAUUUAAUAGGGAAAAUAUUGAAUGAUUGAUAAAAAUCGUUUUAAACUAUUUUAGGACGCUGUAAUGUUGAAUGGAUUUGGCACAGUAUGUAAUGGACUGGGACUCAGAGCCAAACCUUAUCUACCACAAAUCUGUGGUACCAUCUUGUGGAGACUUAACAACAAAUCAGCCAAAGUCAGACAACAGGCUACUGAUUUGGUAUGUAAAUUUAUUUUAAAUUUAAAAAUUUUCUUACUAAACUGUUUUUUCAAAUUUAAAAACAUGUAUUUUAUGUUGAAGUUUAUAUUUGAAUGAUUUUUUUUUCAGAUUGCUCGUAUCGCCCCGGUAAUGCACAUUUGUGACGAAGAGAAGCUAAUGUGUCACUUGGGUGUAGUUCUGUAUGAAUACCUUGGAGAAGAGUACCCAGAAGUGUUGGGAUCAAUUCUGGGAGCUUUGAAUGCUAUUGUUACAGUAAUCGGAAUGACCAAGAUGAAUCCCCCGAUCAAGGAUCUGUUGCCUCGACUAACCCCAAUCCUGAAGAAUCGUCACGAGAAGGUACAGGAGAAUUGUAUCGAACUGGUGGGUAAGAUCGCUGACAGAGGAAGCGAGUUCGUGUCAGCUCGUGAAUGGAUGAGAAUCUGUUUUGAGCUACUGGACCUUCUGAAGGCUCACAAGAAGUCGAUCAGAAGAGUAGCCAUCAACACAUUUGGUUACAUUGCCAAGGCCAUAGGACCACAUGAUGUGUUGGCCACGCUGCUGAGUAACUUGAAGGUACAAGAACGUCAGCUUCGUGUCUGUACGACGGUAGCUAUUGCCAUUGUAGCUGAGACUUGUGCACCUUUCACCGUAUUACCGGCUAUUAUGAACGAAUACCGAGUUCCCGAGAUUAAUGUUCAGAAUGGUGUCUUGAAGGCUUUGUCAUUCAUGUUCGAGUACAUCGGUGAAAUGGCCAAAGAUUACAUUUAUGCUGUCACUCCCUUGUUGAUCGAUGCUUUGAUGGAGAGGUAAGCUAUACAUUUUGAUGUUUUAACUGCUAAAGUUGUGUGCUUAUUUUUAAGGUGGAACUGUAACCCAUGUUGUUUUUCAGGGAUAUCGUGCACAGACAGAUUGCCAUCGACGCUGUAGCACAUUUAACCCUGGGUGUUACUGGAUUCGGGUGUGAAGAUGCUCUUGUCCACUUGAUGAACCACGUCUGGCCCAAUAUGUUAGAGAACUCUCCCCACGUAAUACAACGAUUCGUAUUCGCUUGUGAUGCCAUGAGGGUGUCGUUGGGUCCUAUCAGAGUAAUGCAGUACUGUAUCCAAGCCUUGUGGCAUCCCGCUCGGAAGGUUCGUGAGCCAGCCUGGAAAGUGUUCAACAACCUGAUUCUGGGCUCUCAGGAUGCCCUUGUAGCGGGUUACCCUAAGUUCAAUGAUACCGAAACCAACAUGUUCACGAGAUACGAACUUGAUUAUGUGUUGUAA